GAAGAAUUACAACAUCAUCGUCACAAAAUGAGUUCAGCAAUUAGAGCAUGGAGUGUGGCAGCUAGUGUCGGAGUUGUGGAGGCCUUGAAAGACCAGGGUAUCUGCAGGUGGAACCAUGGUUUGAGAUCAGCUCAACAGCAUCUCAAAACCCGUGUUGGUUCGUUCUCUCAGGCUAGGAAGCUUUCUUCCACUUCUUCUACCAUGGUCUCCACAAGACUGAAAGAAGACAACACAAAACAAUCAGAAGAGUCAUUGAGGAAAGUCAUGUACUUAAGUUGUUGGGGGCCUAAUUAGAUAUACAUAAACCGACAAGAACGUUUAUUUUUUUUUUUCCUUUCGAUUGAAGAAAUCAAGCUUAGUCUCAAUGGAAGAUGAGGGCUGAGAUUUCUGUGACCAUAUUGUGUAUAGUAGUACUGGAACAUUACUUGUUGCUGUGGCAAUCAUUUUGUAAACUUUGAUUAAUCACAUUGUUGACAAUUGCCAUUUCCACUUCCGUAUGUCUAAUCUUCUAAGAAGGUUGCAACUUGCAAGUAAUUUUGUUUGCUCAAACUUUUGUGACUUGAAAAGACAAAAAGAUAACAGAGAUGGUGGUAGCACCUAUUUCCUUGUUUUUA